AUGGCCCCGAGACGAUCGGCCCGGGUAAGCGCUAUAACGCAGCAGGCUGCGUUGGAAAAGAACAACGUACUGAAACAACAGCCUCCGAAGAAGGAGAAGAAGACUUCUCAGAACAAUGGCGUUACAAAGAAUAAAUCUACAAAAGCUACCCCAACACAAACUGGCGGGAAGGGGAGGAAAGUAUCUACUUCAAAAGCCACAGCCGCAGUUUUAGUCCCAUCGACAGCAGACAGUGAAGCCUUCAAAAUCCCCGACAUCCCACCCGUCUCAACCCCCAAACGUGCACGACCAAACAGCACAAACACAGGAAUAGACGCAGGGAACCCCAACCACCCAGCCCCGCCCCUCGACCGCCCCAUAGACCCACACCUCACCAACGCAAUCCUCCGCACCCCGCGCGGAAGCCAUCUAACCGCCUACCCAGUAGAGAAGCCUUCAGAUGCAGCCACCCUAUCCCCAUCUAAAUGCAGCGGCCGCCUCCCCCGCCCAACAACGACCACAGGCACCGUCCUCGAAGAAGCAGUUGCACAUCUGAUAACCGUAGCACCGCAACUGAAGCCCGUUAUCGAUAAGCAUCCGUGUCCGCUGUUUUCCCCCGCGGGACUGGCGGAGGAGAUUGACCCGUUCAACGCGCUUGUCAGCGGCAUUAUUGGGCAGCAGGUGUCCGGGGCGGCGGCGAAGAGCAUUAAGAGGAGGUUUUUGGGCUUGUUUGGGUGUCUUGAUUGUAAUGGUAAUGCCGAAGCAAGUAAUAACGGCGUGAACGCCACCGAGAAAGGCGUCGGAGAGGAGAAAGAGAGGGCGGAAAUGCGCUAUGACCGCGACGACCACUUCCCGACCCCCGCACAGGUAGCUGCAUGCGGUGUCGCAACGUUGCGCACAGCGGGUCUCUCGCAGCGCAAGGCGGAGUAUAUCCAGGGGUUGGCGGAAAAGUUUGCCAGCGGCGAGCUGAGUGCGCACAUGCUGCUGCAGGCGAGCGAUGAGGAGGUGCUGGAGAAGCUGAUCGCGGUGCGAGGACUGGGGCGGUGGUCUGUGGAGAUGUUUGAGUGCUUUGGGCUGAAGAGGAUGGAUGUGUUUUCCACGGGGGAUUUGGGGGUUCAAAGAGGAAUGGCCACUUUCGUCGGCCGCGAUGUCAGUAAACUUAAAACCAAAGGCAGUGGGAAAUUCAAGUACAUGUCCGAGAAGGAAAUGCUAGAGAUUGCGGCGCCAUUUUCUCCGUAUCGGAGUCUGUUGAUGUGGUAUAUGUGGCGAAUUGAGAAUGUGGAUAUUUCGAUCAUGCAGUGA